UGUCAGCUUCUGAUGAGAGCUAACAGGAUGGACAGCAUUUAAGGAACUUCUCAUAUUGUUGAAUCACUUUCCUUUUCUUACAUUUGAAUUUACUUCUCAGAAAAGUAAUAUUUUUGCAACAAUUUUAAAGUCUAGCAGAUCUUCAGAGCAGAGAAUGGCUGAAGAAAACUCUUUGGUGUCUUGUUCAGUUGAAGCUGAGAAGACUAUAACUAGUGUACAUCAUCCAGAAAUGGUUGAUAAUAUCAAAGGAGCAGUAGACGCCAUUCAAUCAACAGAAGAAAAUAUCCCAUCAGAUGCAGUAAGCAAUUUUCUUUUGCCUGAAAAUAUUACAUCCAGUGAAGGAGCACAAUCAACGACUGAAGAAAAUUGUUCACUUUCAGAAGAGAUAAUUGCAGAUAACAAGAGCAUUACAGACACUGAACAAACAGUGGCACAUAAUAAAGAGAAUUGUCCAGCUCCAGAGAGCAUCCCAUGUAAUGAGGAAACCAGUUUAACUAUUGAACAGGUUGUUUCAACUGAAAAUGAAAUCAGUUAUCCUGCAGACGAGAUUACCCCAUGUACCAAGGAAGACUGUUUAUCUUCAGAGCUGGCCAUGCAGUCUGCCCAGAAAAGUGAGUCUUCUGCUGUUGAGGCUAUGCCUAUUCGCAUGCAAGCUAAUUUGCCUUGUGAACAGACACUUGUUCAGGAGACAACUUCCUCAGCUGAAAACACAAAUCAGCCCACAGAGGACAUGGUCUUACCUACAGAAAGUGCGAAAUCAUUCACCGCAGAAACUGUUAUUCCUGAAGUAACUUCGAUUCAAAGUACAGGUCUAGAGUCUGAGGUAACACCUUCAAGUUCUGUCAUAGAAGAAGGAAUAACACUACCGAACAGUCCUUUGGAAAACUCUGCUGAUGGUGAAAGAACCGAAACAGUUCCUGCAGUGGAGAAGGAGAUCCUAUUAUCAGAAGUGUGCAAGGAGAAAGAAGCAGAUCAAAAUGUAAUAAAUCACAAUACCAAUGAAAACAGUGAUGAAAUACAGGCCGAUGAAGAGAUUAACUCACAAGAAUUCCAUGAGAGCAGUGACUUAGAGUCACCUUCAACUAGUCCUAUUCAACCAGAAUCACCAACUAAUACCGACUAUGCUGAGGAGCAAUCAAGACCUUCAAGAAGACCUGAUGUUACCAAGCACAGCUAUUCCAGGUACAAUACUGUCUCUUAUCGCAAGAUCAAAAAAGGAAAUACUAAGCAGCGUAUUGAUGAAUUUGAGUCAAUGUUACAAAUAAAUUAAAUGUUGCUACACAUAUGCAACAUUAACUACUGUCUCCUGUCAUUAAAUUUAAUUGAAUUGGCCUAGAAAUUGAAUAGUGGUGUAGAAGCUAUUUGAUUGAAGGCGCAUUGCUGCAAAAUUGUGUGAGGCAAGGUCCAAGAAGUUGCAGGUUAAGCCUUACACUUUCAAAAGAAAAUAGACAAAUGGAUGGAUUGAUAAUGGGUGGAAACCCAGAGGGAGAAAAGAUCACAAGGUACAGGAACAGAAUUAGACCAUUUGGCCCAUUGAGUCUGCUCCACCAUUUCAUCAUGGCUGAUCCAAAUUUCCCUCUCAGCCCCAAUCUCCUCCCCUCUCCCUGUAUCCCUUCAUGCCCUGACCUAUCAUGAAUCUAUCAACCUCUGCCUUGAAUAUACUCAAUGACUUGGCGUAAACAGCCAUUGGUGGCAAAAAAUUCCACAGAUUCACCACUUGUCAGAUCUCAUGCUUGGGAGGGAGAUACAAUGGGUCUUCUGAUACUAUGGAGAUUGUUGAGUGCAUUCCCAAUACUGAA